CAGUACACCAGUACAGUAACGUUUUUGAGCAUUUUAUUUUAGUUAGUAGGUUAUGUCAUUACUGUUUUGUUUGAAUGGUUAGGAUAUUAAGACUAUUGACGCUUAAUAUUUUCUAAGAUGUGUAAUAAAAUACUUGUGAAAUUCGUACUUAAUUCGAAUUCUAACGUUUGGGGUGGUUCUUAUUCUAGUGCUAACAGAAAUUUCAAUUUCAUGGUGAAAAGUGUCCCUAACCUCAAUUACCACUCCUCAUCAAGAAAUAUGUGCCUUCUUAUUCAAAGAAAACCUCUCCUUUCAAAUGGUUAUCACAAUCCAAUGAUACCAAUAAAAAGCUUAAUGCUUACAGGAUUGCCGAUCUUAGGGUGUAGAUCUUACUGUUCAAAUAAAGAACAAGAUUUACCAAAAAUAAUGAACCUUCCACAAGUUGUAUGGCCCAGUGUGUUCAAGACUGUUAGAAACUGGAUCUUAUCAAAUUUUAUAAUAAUGCGAUACUUCGAUCAUGAAUUUAAUCUACCUGACUUUGUUGCCGGAUCAAAGCAGGCCGUGGAAUCGGUCUCGGGGACAAUCUCAAGGGGUGAUCUGGACAAUUUAUCGGGACUGGUAACUCCAGAUGUUAUCACACUGGUAAGAGACAGUUUGACCACCUUCUCGCUUAAACAGAGACAAGAGUUUGCAAUAAAAUCAGAUGACAUUUAUUUCUGCUUUCCAUAUGAAGUUGGGGUGAUGUUUCCUAAUGAAGACAAAAAUGAUGGUGAAAACCAGAGCAGAUUUGUGGAGAUCACAAUGUGUUAUCAUGCACUACGGGGUCUGCAAGAACUGAAGGAUUCAGGAGCGAAUCUACCUGUCAACUUGGGGAUGAUGCCAGAAUAUCAGGACAAGCUGUAUAUUUGCAACUACCGUUUUAUACGGGAAUUCACAAAAGGUGUUCAGGACGACUGGACUGUUAAUGCCAUCAAUCACUUCAAACCGGUAGUUCACAUGUAGCAAUAGUGACAUUAUAUUUGUAUGUUUAAUAAAAUCCUUUAGCAGUUUUA